UAUAGUUGAUGUUCUUCAGAGGUUGCUGUAAAGAAUCUCUUGAUUCAAACUUUCCUACUUCGGAUGGGAUUUCAUCAUUCGCCACGUAGUUUCAAAGAUCAAGCUUCCCAUUCCUCCUUACAUUUGGUGAAAUUAAAAACCCUAAUUUCUCCCAAAACCCGAUUUCUGUUUACAUUUAGGAAAGCCGCCUGCUGCUUCUACUCACUCUCAAACCAGAUAUCUACUGUAAAUGGAACCCAUUAGAUGAUUUCCCCGUCUGCUGUUGCUACUCAUUCUCAUGAUUGAACUCAUGGGUGCUUUUACUAGCAACAGAAAGCGUGGGGAUUACUGUACUUCGAGUAUAAAAUCUCCGUUCGAUUUCGCUGAUACCCACAUUGUAAAGAAGCCCAAGCUCUCGUCGCCGUUCUUGCUUCACAACUCUGAUCAAUUGUUCUUGCCGAAAACAUCACCUUUGAGGAUAUACAGGUACCCAGAACCGGUAAAUCGGCUGAAGAGAGAAGUUCACGCUCCUUGUAGAACAAGUAGAUAUGGGUUUCAUCACUCUUCCAAAUUAGAGUCAAGAGGGAGUUCUUCUGGUCUGACCCACAAAGUGGACGUCACGGAAAAUGUCCUGAGAUCCAAUUAUGAUCGAUCCAAGAUUGAUGCUCUUCAGAGUUUACGGUACUUGAGAAAGGAUAAAGAAGUUAUAGAUAUUGAUGAUGAGACUGUUAAAGAUGAUGUCUUUGAGGAUUCAAAGGUUGAUGAGGUUCAGGUUGUUAAAGAUGGAGGAGAAAGGAGGCUGGGGAUUUCGGAACAGGAUAAUGGGGUUAAGCCUAUUAUUCAUCUUUUAGAUGAGAAGACCCUGGAUGAAAAUUUGAAUUUGAAGGUUGAAUCUGCAGAGAACUUAAUGCAAUCACUUUCAAUUGACCGAGACUUGGAUGGUUCCCUUAUUCCAUUUCACAAGAAAUUACUGGACACAGCUGAAAAAAGGAAUAGGAGACUUAGUAGUUUGAGUGUCCAAAUUGAAGAUCAUGAGAGUCUCCGAGCUAAAUUGCAGUUACUGCGUCCAGUGAAGAAAGUGGAGCAGGAAGAGGAAAUAAUUACUUGCACUAUCAGAGAAGCUUUUGUUCCUCUUACCAAGGAAGAAGAGGCUGAGGUACAAGCUGCCCUCUCUAGUUCCAACAGGAGGAAUGUAUUGGUGAUUCAUGCCUCUAACAAUGUGAUCACUGGAGACAUAUUACAAUGCUUGAGACCGGAGAAAUGGUUGAAUGACGAGGUCAUAAAUUUGUACCUCGAAUUACUGAAAGAAAGAGAAAAGAGGGAGCCGGGAAAGUUCUUGAAGUGCCAUUUCUUCAAUACCUUCUUUUAUAAGAAGUUAGCAAAUGCAAGGACUUCCAGUGAUUUAAAGUCUCUUGGUAGAUGGACUACUCAAAGGAAGCUUGGGUACCAGCUUGUUGAUUGUGACAAAAUAUUUGUUCCUGUGCACAAAGAAAUACAUUGGUGCUUAGCAGUUAUCAAUAAAAAGGACCAGAAAUUCCAGUACAUCGAUUCACUCGGAGGAACUGACUCACAAGUGCUGAAAAAACUGGCGAAGUACUAUGUGGAUGAGGUGAAGGAAAAGAGUGGACAAGUCAUUGAUGUUAGUAAGUGGCAGAAAGAAUUUGUCAAGAACCAUCCUGCACAGGAAAACGGGUAUGAUUGUGGUAUGUUUAUGAUCAAGUAUGUAGACUUCUACAGCAGAGAUCUAGGACUCAGUUUCAAACAGGAACAUAUGCCAUAUUUUCGGCUUAGAACUGUAAAGGAGAUUUUACGAUUGAAAGCUGAGUGACGGUUAUGGCAAUGGUUACAGACAAAGAUACCCUUUCUUGCUUUGUUCACUUACCUGCUGCAUAUUGGCUUGGAUUAUUGGUUUGUGUAUAGAUUGACUUGUUGCAGGUCUUGCAGGUAAGGAAAAACUUAGGCAAUGUAGGUUGAUACAUACUUUUUUUUGUCUGACUGUUUAUUUUUUCACCUUUUUUGCUACAAGUUGAAAAUUUUUAUUAGGUUAAAAUGGAAAUACAAUAAGAACUGCAUUUUCAU